UAGGGCUAUUGGUCGCGGAGGGAGGCGGAACUUCUUAUUAUACUUUUCCUGAGCGCGCGGCUCUCGCUCUCUCUCACCCUCGCCCGCCUCACCGUGGCUCAUCAGUAAUUAUUCACUCGGCCAUCACCGCAGGCCUCCAUCAUUGCUGCUGCCCACCCUCCACCCAGGCCUGCAGGGCUUGUUUCCGGGCAGGGCGGCCUCAAAUGGUCAUCCGCGGGCGCAGUGUAUGAGAAGAAGGGAAAACGGAAGGUCCCAGGUCUCAGAUUCUAGAAAGAAACGCGUGCGCGCAUAGGCAGAGGGCGCGCAAGUGACUCAUGAAGCUAGCAAACAGCGGCGGCAUCAGCACCGCGAGCAUCAUCGAGGCCAGGUCGCGGCUGGUUUGCCUUGGCCGAUCGCGAGCGUAUCUGCUGCACCAUACUGCUACGGUAAUGGAGGUCGUCAAGGUCUGUCUGAGCAUAUGGGAGUCCGACCAGGCGGGUGCGCUACUCCCAGCCUAGUGUGCCAGGGAUCGCAACAGCACUGCACCCCCAACCCGCGAGGGUCGCCAUCAUCUACUUCCAGAGUGUAUUCACGCUCACAACAACCCCCCCCCUCCCCCCUCCCCCCUCCACCUCCACCAUCGUUACCCUUUCAGUACACCACCCCUUCCUCCCCCUCAGCCCUCUCCAUCCGUCGUCCUGUCCUCUCAGCCAAUCACUCCUGCCACGGCCUCGCUGCCGCGCUCCCCAGCUCCUUCCUGCGCCGCGACGCUGUCCUCGUCCACGCCUGCCCGGCUCGGCAGCCAGAAGUGCAACACCUCGACCUAAUCACAAGCCUAGCGCACCGGUCGCGCUAUCUGAGACCCUGUCUGACAUCCACCAUUGGACGUCUCCCUCUUCAACCCGCAGAGGACGCUGUGGAGAUCAUCUGCACGAAAUCCUCCGUCCCGUCGCGCAGACGUCUGCCUCCAGUCUCUUGUAGCCGGCGUUUAUUGCCACCGCCCACUACUUUCCAUCCGUCGUGCACACCACCACAAGCCACACCCUGGGGACUGGAAAUCAGACUCACGCAACAACGCUUCGAGCAAGGGUCGACACACGGUAGCUACCCUAGUGCGGCACUCCAAGGCCCGGAUAUCUUUGUGUCGCCUGCUGCGGCUCCUCGAAAAGCUCAUUUGGUACCGUACCGCCCCCCCAGCAGAGUCCACUAGUCCCUCUAUACCAUCUGCUAUUACGGCGCAAGCAGGCUUUUCAGCUUCAGUGCGAGACUUCAAAUACCUCGUGGCCUUGUUUUCGACUCAGCGGUGUUUGGGCAGAAAACAUGGCGUCCACC